AUGCGCAAUUCACGUCGUCACUCUCAUACCAAUGAGGUUGCAUUCGAGUCUCUGCCGCCGGCUCUUCGUCGAAAAUAUUUUAGCAGCUUAGAACGUCUCAGAUUAGCACAAGAUGGCAGCAACCUCUCACCUCCUUCUCGUUUGUCUAUUCUCUCUCCCGGCCGGAUUUGGACCACCACACAAUCCUCAGGCAGUUUUGCCCUUCUGACCAACGGCCUCCUCUUUCCUGGUUUGCUGUUGAGCCGCACGAGAUUCCGCAGUAGAAGAUCGUGUGCAGCAAAUACUCAGGUCACUCCGUCGACGGUUGCUUGGUUCGCCUCGCUACCCCCUACGAUUCAGAGGAAAUUGUUCUCCAGGGAAGAGUGUUCCAUUUAUACUGGAGGACGAAACAUUGUCAUCCUUGACGCAGCCGAUGAGACACUCCGCCGUCGCAACCGGCGUCCUAGUCAAUUCACCGCCUUCGAAUCUCACGUCUCAGACGACAACACCUUUGUGGAUUGGGAAGAUCUCAAAGACCAAGACCAAGCCGACCCUGCCGUCGACAUGGGUGACUAUUCUAUAGAGGGAUUUCGAUGGCUGGAGGAUGAAGGUGAUCUCGACCUGAAGUUGGACGAUUAUCAUGAGGCCAUUGCAGAAACAGCCCGCCGCACUGCAUCCAUAUCAGAACCAGUGCCAGCGAAACGACAUGCUCGACGCAAUCCAUCUCUCUCGAGUAUCUCGAUUCGGCCUCGCCGAAGUUCAACCUUGUCCUCUCGUCCUCAGCUCGAUCCACCAGGCACACCAGCCUUACCACCACCUAAACUCCAUCACUCACGGUCACCUUCAUUCUCUCUCAAACAUAUCCGAUCUCGAGCUUCGUUAUCAUCCAUUGACCCGCGAGCCACCCACUACCAAGAUCCUGCCGCUCGAAUGAAAUUGAAACUCUAUCUGGCUUCUCCGCAGAAGUUCGAUGAGGCGAUCGAGUUCGGGUUUCCCUCGGUCGAAGAAAGAAGACAAUUGAAUCACACUAGGCCCAUGACGAGCCCACAACCAAGGCCCGACGUGAACCGGACAUUCUUUCACGACGACACACCGUCGCUCUCCGGUGACGAAGGAGAUGAGCCCGAUGAGCCAGACACCCUGUACGAUCCAAGAACUCCAGAGGAUCCAGUUUUUCAAAUACACCGACCAUCCCACAAGAUCAGUGUGGAUGGCAAUGCGGGUCUAAGACCAGUUUCAGUGAGAAGGCAGCCAGAAACAUAUGCCCGUGGCCUCGCUACAGAUCGUGAGAUGACAUUGCACAUGACGUUGACUCGACCUGAUCUUCGCUCACCUGAGGAAUUACCACCGACCAACCACACCAAGGUCAACAACCAACCAUUAGAGCGACCCGAACUAGUGGCGGAAUGCCACCCGGUAUCAAUCUGGGGCACUCUACCGACGGAGGAAUCGAAGAUGAAGAGAUUCUUACGGAAACUGAAGCUCAAAUAA